UAAAAUAUUGUUAUUAUUCUAUGUUCUACUUUGAUAUAUGUGUUUUCGAGCCUGUGAUUUGUAGGUUAACUAAUUUUAACCUUUUAGUUUCUAAAUGAAAAUUUUCAUUUUUAAUUUUUCCCUUCUAUUGUGAAAAAAUGAAACAGCAUAGAAUUUUUAUAGAAAAUCUCCCCGAAACUGUUAGUGAAGAUGAAAUUAAAUCUAAAUUCCAACAAUUUGGUGAAGUGAUUUCUAUUGAGAUCAAGGAAAGAAAAGUGGUUACUUUCAAACAUUCAUCAUGUUUCUUCGCAUACGUAAAUUUGAUGACAGAUGAUGCUGUUCUUCAAGAAUGUUUUCAAACAUUCAAUCAAGAACCAUGGCACGGGAACUAUGUAACCUUAAAAAUAGCUAAAGAAAGUUUUUUGGAGAGAUUGAAGAGAGAACGUGAAACAGAUCCUCUAAAAAAGGAGGCAAAGAGUCCAGUUAUAGAAAAUACAAAACCUGUUCUUCAUAACUCUGAAAAUAACAUUUCUUGUGAAACAAAAAAAAAUAUAGAUAAUUCCUCCAUUACAUCAGAAAAAAAAAGGGCUGGAAAUAAGGGAGUCAAACGAAAAAAGGAUAUUUCAUGCAUUUCUUCAGAUUCCUCUGAGGAACAUACAAAUGUGAAUACAAAGAAUGAAAAUACAUAUAGUUUAGAUGAAGAAGAUAAGGAACCUAAACAAGAAAAUAGUGAGGAAAUUAUCCUAGUCAGAAAAGCAAAUAGAGGUGCAAAGUUUAUCAAUGGUUUAUUGAAAAUAGAAGAUUUUGGCAAGGGUUCAUCUGAAUCAACAUGCAAUCAAAAAGUCUUGGAAAAACAUCAAUUUGAAGCAGAAAUUAGAAGAAAAAAAGCACUUGAUGAGAAGAGGAAAAAUUAUCGUCUACAGAAAAAUGCUUUUAAUUUAUUUCGGCAAAAUCCUAAAAUAAUAAAAUUUACUGAUGAUGACACUGAGGAAAAUGGGAAAAGUUCUGAAAACAAAAAAAAAAGGAUAAAGCUCACAUUAUUUGAUAAUGCUGAUUCUGAUGUGGAUGACACUUUGGAUAUAAAAAAAAAUAUUGAGAAUAGGAUUGAAAGUGACAAGAGAUUUGAAUUAGAUCAUAGAUUUGCUGAAGGUGAACAAGAUGAAAAUAGUCAUAAUCAGGAAAAUAAAGAUUUUGAUAUUUUGGAAGAAGUCUUAGGCGAAAAAAUUAAGUCGAAACAAAAACUCAAUGGCUCCAGUAAUGUACCAAGAUAUAUCAGGUAUGAUCCAUCUAAUCCGAAUCAUGCACAGUAUGAAUUAAAAAAUGAAGAAAGUCAACAAAAAAGUACAAACAAGAAGAAAAAGCAAAUAAACGAGAAGAAAGCUGAAGUAACGCAAGCCCCUGAAGUCUCUCAAGAACGUGUACAUUGUGUUAAAGUUGACCUUAAGGCAGCUUUAGGGCAAAGUGGUGGUUUCAGCAUUCGAGAGCUCUUUAGCAAUGAAAAAAUUGAGGAAGAAAAACCUGUAGAAGAAGCAGUUCCAUUGCCUUUAGGAAACUUCUGCUUGAAUGAAAAAAAUCCUUAUAAAUAUGAUUCCUCUGAUGAUGAAGAUGAAACCAAAGAAUUGAAUUCAGAAGAGAAACCUCAGAUCAAGAAGCCAAAAAAAGUAUGGACCGAACCAUUCUUUUUUGAAGAGAACGAUUUUAGAUAUCAAGAGGGCUUAGAUUUUGUGAAACGGAUAGCUGCUCAAGCAAAAGGAGGAGAUUUUGAUGAAUCUCGAGAACAAUUGAAGGACAUCGUAAAAAAGAAAAUCAGAAAUGCCAAAAGAAAGAGUAAACCGUUGAAGAGAAAGUUAGGGGGCAGUAAGAAGAAGAAAAACAAACGAUGGGAAAAAGCACUGAAAAGAUAAAAUAUGUUAUUUAUGAAUAAGUUGAAAAUUAAAUUGUUUAUAAUUCAGUUUUUAAGCUAUUUUAUUAUAAAAUGUUUAUUAGUUUAUUAGCAAUUAAUAUACAUUAUAUUCUAUAAGCUAA